AUGUUCGGUCUUCAACCAUCCAUACCACCUCUCCCCUCUGACCUCUCCUUCGACGGCAAAAUCGCCCUUGUAACCGGAGCAAACGUCGGUCUUGGACUGUCCACCUGCCUCCACCUUCUACAGCACCGCCUCUCCACGCUCCUCAUCAGCGUUCGUUCCACCUCGAAGGGAGUCUCCACGAAGUCUCACCUCCUCGCUGAUCCUAUCGUCAAAUCUCUCGCCGUCCAGCCUACCAUUCUCAUCUACGAGGCCGAGUUCUCCGACCCCAAAUCAAUCAAGGCGUUAGCGGAGAAGAUCCAGAAGGACUUGCGCGAUGCGAGGUUGGACAUAGUGGUGAUGAAUGCGGGGCUGGGUGGUUGGGACCUCGAGAGAUCGGAAGCGACGGGCUACGAACUAAUGUUCCAAGUUAAUUUCGCCUCCACAGCACUCCUCGCCAUCCUCCUCCUCCCACUGCUCAAGCACUCCUCGUCUACCUGUUCCUCCAAUGAGCCCGCUCGCCUCACCUUCGUCGGCUCCUCCGCCCACUCCAUGACCUCUUUCAUCAAUCGCGCGACCACCCUCGCCUCGUCCGACAAGCCCCUCUUCGCUCAAUUGUCCGAGUUGGCGUCUAGCAUGAUGAACGCGCGGCGAUACGCCGACUCCAAGAUCUUGAUCUACAUGUUUGCCCGUCAGCUCGCGAAGCGUGUGGAUGUGAAGUCAGGGAGCGGUAGUCGCGGCGUUGUGAUCAACGAUAUGUGUCCUGGGAUGGUGACAACGAGUAUAGAUAGGACAGUGCCGGCAUGGAGUACUCCUCUGGUGUGGCUCUUCAAGGGAUGGCGAGCGCGGACGGCUGAAGAGGGCGGGAGGAUAGUCGUGUAUGCGGCUGCGGUGGUCGGGAAGGAGAGUCAUGGAGAGUUCUUGGCUCAUGAGAAGAUUACGAGAACCAAGGCAUUGGAGUUCAUUGAGACUAAGGAUGGGACGGCGAUUGAAAAGAAGAUGUGGAAAGAGAUAUCAGCACUGGCAGAGGAAGUAGCACCGGAAAGUAUGGAGGUAGCGGGACUUCAUUGA